AUGGCCGACGUCGGCACACCCUUCCAUAUCCUACGCAAGACAAGAUUCACGCAGUGCCGAACAGCCUAUAACACCGUAAGGAAUGCCCUGCUGGGUCUACAGAACCGACCACUAUAUGUAGCGGAGCCAUUUGAAUUGCAUAGGAACAAAAGGCGCCUCAUCGCAAUCAAAAAGGCGGUCAGCGCUAGGAGAAACUCCAAGAAGGGCCCCUUCCACAGGCUACUUCCGCCGCACCCUUAUUCGAAUUUAUUCGGCGAUCCCACAUAUUAUUCCAACGAUGAGUUGUGCCGUACCUGUGUGAUGGCGUCCACAAUGCGCCUCGGAGAUCGCACUUUUUGGUGGCAGAUAGGUGAGAAAAUCAGGAAGGUCAGGGAUGUCAUUAACAUUGGUGACCUUCUGCGGUGCUUGGUGAGCCUAGCAACCGUAAAAUAUUUCGAUGCCGACCUGCUGCGGAUUACAGCCAGAGAGUUCGUUGACGAAAUGGACAAGCUGACGCUGCACGAAAUCGCACAACUGAUGCAAUGUUACGCACGGGCAAAUGUCUACUCUGUCGAUCUGGUGAAUUCCGCGGGGGAUCUUGUCGCUGGACGCCUAAUGGAAAUGGUGAGCGGUGACAUACAGGCAGAUGGUCCGAGUGACCACGCCAAUGAGGGCGAGGACGCGUCGAAAUGGCCACAGGCAACUUUAGGGCUCUUGGCAAAAUGUUUUAGAUUCUUCAACUACCAUAACCGAGAUCUCUAUCUUUCCAUAGCGUACCUGACCAUAAAAAAUUGGCGAAACCUUGACCUCUACGCAAAAUGCGCAACAUUUGCCAACUUGGACCAUAGGAACUUUCAGUCUCAACCAAACCAUGAGUCUAACGCAGCGUCAAUGGAAUGCGGUGAAGAAAUAUCACGCGAUACGACGCUGGCAUUAUUAAGGCAACUCGCCCAUUUCCCAGAUGGUUUCCAUCUCAAACGCCUAGACAGCAUCACGGAUGACGUCGACUUCGACGCGAUGGUGCCUUCGGCUCCCGAAGACAUCCAAGGAGAUUACGUUAAAGCACUGCAUGCGUUGUGCUGUGCUGUUAGUGCAGUCAAUAAUCUCGCGAGGGUCAGCUGUCGCGUUGUUGACAACGCCGCCUUUGUGCGUGAAAGCAUGGCAGCGGAAAACGUCCUACCCAUUAUCGGCUCGACGAUGGAGAAGAUGGCAGCCAUAUUGGCGCGCUCGAAGGUUUACUGGAGGGAGUUAGAAACAGCGUACAAGACGAUGGAUCUCACGCAGGUGGCAUUCGCCAGUGAAGGCAACACUGAUGAGGCGCCACACAAGUGCAUAAAAACGUGUCCCUACAUCAACACAGCCAAGCACGUGUUAAUCGAUGCCGCAAUGAAGAGCCUCUGUGCUGUCAACGCCGCCAUACGUUUCAAGGUUAACGCCGUACGUGCGGAAGGGCGACCAGUCUCUGACAGCGAGUUUUGUUUUGCUGUGGAUGACGACAAUGUUCAUUCCGAACUGUACCACUAUGUGGAUAGCAUCAAGUUGACUGCCAGCGAGAUGGCCGUUGUGCAGCAUUGGAUGGAUAUUGUAGAAACGUGCGGCUGCUCGUCACAGGAACCGGAGCUGCUGAGUUGUGCAUUGGAAACGUUGGCCGUCUUAUUGUGUGUGGAUUCGCAGAAAUCGGCUUUAUCCGUCGAGCGCGUUCAGGCAAUUCACGAUCUCUUGGCUCUGGAGGCGGUGAAGCAUCUGGUCAACAUUAGAGAAGAUGGGCGCUACCGUAUCAUGCUCGCUCUUCGACUUGGGAAGGUCGCUCCCAAUGCUUAUCUGGAACAUGCCUUGCAACGCUUCACGAAAUGCCUGCGCAAGAACAAAUGUAAGGUGAAGCUCCCGUUAGUGUCACCAUAUCGGGUGCUGUUGGAAGAAGGCACGGCACACGUGUUGCGCUCAAUGCGAUAUGCGGCGGAAUCGGAAACGCAGGCCGGCGCCUAA